AUGCCAGUGACAUCGUCUGCAACGCCUCCCAGAGCCAGACAGAGAGGCCAAGAGCCGCACCCAAGCGUCAAAUUACGGCCAGCAUUCACAGCCGCCGACAAACAGCUAGGGGCAAUCCCAGCCAACAUGGGUAAAUCCCGGACCGACCUACCCGGCAGAGACGACGUACGGCCCACUCCAUGCUUUGGCCGUGUCACUGGGCAAAGCAGCCCCGCACAGUCCGCGGUCCAGCAACUCGGCCCAGUCCACACUGUGGCCGUCCAGACCCGUCCCAGCCCAAGCAACUCGACCGCUGCUUCAUCACAGCAAUACGACCGUUUCACCAUUACACAUGUCGUUAUUGCCGUCAGGCUCCCAUCUUCAGUACGGUUUGGCCAUUCUAACUACAACCCAUACGAACCCCGGUCAAACCUAAGGCGCAUAUCUGGUACCACCCAGCUCGGUCGCAACGGCCAAACCCCCCGUUCAAGUGGCCCAGCAGGUAAGGCCGCAGAUCGAGGGGCAACAAGUUCCACGGCUAGUCGCGGCCAAGUAAGAUGCGCCCCCUCAGGGGCUUCGAUUCGAAGACGUUGGGCGAAUGAUUGA